AUGUCCAAAGCAGCUCCCGCCAAAAAACCAGCGGCCCCUCCCCCUGGAUGUACACUGGAUAUCAACGACCCCCAGGUUCAGAAAGCAGCCAUUCUCAUCCAGGCCUCUUACCAGGACCACAGGUCCCGGAAGGAGCUGCGCGAGAAAGGGCCGCCGAGAGUGCUGGAGCCGCUGAAGGACGUGGUGCUGCUGAUGGAGUGCAGCGCGGCGAAACUGACUUGCCCUGUUUCGGCGUUCCCGGACCCAUUCAUCCGCUGGGGCAAGGGCCGCAAGGAACUGCGCAACGGGCCCAAGUAUCGUUCUGUCUUCAAGGACCCUGACGUAGUGGCACUGGUGGUGCGCGAUCGCGAGCUGGCAGAUCUGAGCCAGUACAGCAUCAACGUAAGCAACCCCUUCGGCCAGUGCUCCGACUCGGCGCGCAUCCUUGGGGAAGUUCCAGCGAAGAUUCAGAAGGGACAGGAUAACACUAAGGCGCGCAAAGGCGCCACGGUAACGCUGAUUGCCGAGAUCCUGGGUGAGCCUGCGCCCGACGUGGGCUGGGUCAAGAACGGGGAAGACAUCGAAGAAGACUACAGAUUGUUCUUUGAGAUCGACAGUACCUCCACGACGCUGACUAUCCGCCAGGCCACGCCGGAGGACAGCGGCAAGUACGAGGUGUACGUGGAGAACAGCCUGGGCAUGGCAUCCAUCGCUCGCGUGGAUGUGGCCUGA